AUGUCGACCGGCCAGGGUCGCUCAGGCCCGGCCAACCCAGCAGAACGAGAUAAACCUAAGAGGGGCAAACACAAACCGCGUGUUACAAAACACCGGCGCUCAAAGGAUGGCGUCCUCCCUGCGGGUCACGCAACUUCCAAAUUAUUGAGACUCCGAUUGGAAGAGAGGGUUGGCUCUACGACCGAAUCCAAUUUUGUAGAACCUUUGUCAGUUAAUGAAUUUGACAAAUCUUCGAUCCGGCUUAAGGCUCGAAAGGGCCUCGACGGACGGAGAUACUUAGAGCUCAACUGUCCGAUGCCUACGAGUACAAAUGCAGAGCAGAAAGGCUUCCUCAAGUUUGUCGCGGGUACCGAAGGAUGCAGUAUCUUUUGUCAGCCCAUCACCGGAUCUUGUUCGGAAUUCCCGGAUUGGGACAGCCCCUUCGAAUAUAAAUGGGUCAGGAUUCGUAUCGACUACUGGGCCGUUAGAUAUGAGGGCCCUUCCCCUGCAGAGCGCUCUCCGGUAGAUGAUCCCUUAAGAGCUAUCGACUACACCAUUUUCGACAGGAUUGUCACGAGAUCCGAUAAAUUCCCGGGUGCCACAAGAUUGUACAUCGUGACCAAGGCGUACAAAUCCCUCGUGGAUUUCCUCAAAAACUUCGAAAGACUCGCCCCGGUUGAUCCCUUUGUAAAACCAUCCGAUAGCGAGCUGCAACAGAGAGGACUCGUACGACCAGAUACCAAACGUUAA